CACUCUUUCGAAAGUUCAAAUAUGGUUCGAGUGGAAAAUUUUCUAUAGCUAUACUUCUAUAUAUCUUAUAAGGCAAAACGCUAUUAAAAAAAAAUAAAUAAAUUAUACUAACGACAAGCGCGUGUCUGCAAUGCCUGCUGCUGGGUGCUAAUCAAGUCCACAGAAAAAGUCGCCAAAUCCGGACAAAGUAUUAAAAUAUCAAAUACUAUAAUUAUAACUAUAGAAAACAAUAGAGGCGUAUGUGUAAAAAAUAUUUUUAUUGCAAUCAAAUUGAAACGCAAGAGAGAGCAAAAUGCAAUCAUUAAAAGCCGAUGAGCUGGAGGAGAAUCCCGUCGAGCGCGCCAAUUGCUUGUCGGAGCUGAUGUUCUGCUUUGCCAUGCCCGUUCUGUUUAAGGGGCGGCAAAAGACACUGGAGCAAACGGAUCUCUAUAGGCCACUCAAGACACACAAGUCAGAUACGCUUGGCGACCGCCUUUGUUCUGCCUGGGAUGAAGAAGUAGCAAAUAGAUCAGCUGUAAAUCUGCCUCCACGUUUGGGGCAUGUGGUAAGCCGAGUGUUUGGUUGGCACUUGUUUGUGACGGGCGUUUUACUGGUUACUCAGGAGUUUCUAACCAAAGUAACCCAGCCCAUCUGUCUGUUUGGCAUGAUGUCUUACUUCGCGGGCAAGGAUUCGGAUCUAAUGAAGGCGGAGCUCUAUGCAGCUGGACUUAUGGCAGGCUCUGUGUUCACCGUCGUUUUUGCCCAUCCCUACAUGCUUGGCGUUCUUCAUCUGGGCAUGAAGAUGCGCGUGGCUCUUUGCAGCUUAGUCUAUCGCAAGGCUCUCCGACUGAGCCGUACUGCGCUGGGUGAUACUACAAUCGGUCAAGUUGUGAAUCUGCUGUCCAAUGAUGUGGGACGCUUUGACACUGUGCUGAUCAACGUACAUUAUCUAUGGAUGGCACCCCUAGAGCUCAUUGUGAUCACCUAUUUAAUGUACGUACAAAUAGGAAUAUCAGCGUUCUUUGGCGUUGCGGUCAUGUUACUUAUUCUUCCCUUGCAAGCCUUCCUGGGCAAAAAGACAUCGGUGCUCCGUUUGCGUACGGCUUUGCGUACCGACGAACGUGUGCGAAUGAUGAACGAGAUUAUAUCGGGCAUUCAGGUGAUCAAGAUGUACGCCUGGGAGAAGCCAUUUGGCAAACUUAUAGAACUAACUCGCCGCAAGGAGAUGAUCUGCAUCAAACAAGUGAAUUACAUACGUGGCAUACUCAUAUCCUUUGCCAUGUUUCUCUCUCGCGUAUUCGUCUUUGCCAGUCUGGUGGGCUUUGUGCUCCAGGGAAACGUCUUGAAUGCUGAAAAAGCCUUCUAUAUCACUGCCUACUACAACAUACUACGCCGCACGGUCACCAUGUUCUUUCCACAGGGCAUCGGACAGUAUGCGGAACUGUUGGUGUCCAUCAAGCGUCUGCAGACCUUUAUGCAUCGGGAGGAGACACAGGUCCAAGACAAAUCAAUUGAUGCUCCGCACUCUACUGUGGCUAGCGACAAGGAAAAUGGGUCUCUAAUCAACAAGGGUAGUGGCGAUGUACCUAAGGCCAAUGGGAACCUCGAAUCUCUUGUUGACUUUACACAAUUCUAUGCCAGGUGGAAUAGCAAAUCCACAGAGAAUACCUUGGACAAUAUUAAUCUUAAACUGGGUCGCCGACAGCUGGUAGCUGUGAUAGGGCCCGUCGGCGCAGGCAAGUCGAGUCUGAUACAAUCAAUUCUUGGCGAACUGCCCGCUGACAAAGGCAGCCUUAAAGUCAAUGGCAGAUUCUCCUAUGCCGCUCAGGAGCCUUGGCUCUUCACUGGAACUGUUCGUGAAAACAUUCUGUUCGGACUAACCCUGGACAAGCAUCGCUAUCGUACAGUAGUCAAGAAGUGUGCAUUAGAACGUGACUUUGAGCUACUUCCUCAAGGAGAUAAGACAAUCGUUGGUGAGCGGGGAGCUUCUCUCUCAGGUGGACAGAAGGCACGCAUCAGCCUGGCAAGAGCUGUGUAUCGCAGAGCGGACAUAUACCUGCUAGACGAUCCACUCAGCGCUGUGGAUACACAUGUGGGUCGUCAUCUGUUUGAUCAGUGCAUGAGAGGGUAUUUGAGAAGCGAGUUGGUCAUAUUGGUGACACAUCAACUGCAGUUUCUGGAGCACGCGGAUCUUAUUGUUAUCAUGGACAAGGGAAAGAUCAGUGCAAUGGGAACAUAUGCGACGAUGCAGCGCAGUGGCUUGGACUUUGCUCAACUCUUGACCGAUCCCAACAAGACCAAAGAAGGAGAUACUGAUCAGGACAGCGAGCCUGGUGAUAUUUGGGAUCGUCUCAGCUUAGCUUCACGUAGCAGGCGUGGCAGUAAAACGGAUAAAUCUAACCAGCCUUCGCGCAAUGUCAGCUUUACCUCAUUGAGCUCCUUUUCCGAGUCUAUUGCCCAGGACCCAGCCAUGACCCAACAAGAGACACGUGUCCAGGGCAAGAUCAGCCUGGGUUUAUACAAGGAAUACUUCACAGCAGGCAGUGGUUAUCUAAUGAUAUGUUUUAUGGUAUUCCUCUGCUUGGGUACACAAAUUGUGGGCUCCUCAGCAGAUGUUUUUCUGUCCUAUUGGGUUGACAAGAACAAAAACGUUGAAGACAAAGACUCGGAUCCAAUUGAUAUAUACUACUUCACUGCCCUUAAUAUAGCUGUCAUUGUAUUUACUCUGGUGCGGACCAUGCUCUUCUACAAGCUGGCCAUGCGAAGCUCCACAAAGCUCCAUAAUGCCAUGUUCCGUGGCAUAACCAGAGCAGCCAUGUACUUCUUCAACACGAAUCCUUCGGGUCGAAUAUUGAAUCGGUUUUCGAAGGAUCUGGGACAGAUAGACGAGCUGCUGCCUACAGUCAUGCUAGAUGUGGUGCAGAUCUUCCUCACCCUGACGGGCAUUAUUGUUGUAAUCUGUAUAACCAAUCCUUAUUAUCUCGUUCUCACUCUUGGCCUGGCAAUCAUCUUCUACUACAUUCGAGAGUUCUACUUGAAAACUUCAAGAGAUGUUAAGCGAUUGGAGGCAGUGGCGAGGUCUCCAAUCUAUUCCCACAUCAGUUCCUCGCUAAAUGGACUGCCCACAAUUAGAGCCAUGGGAGCCCAAAAAGCGCUGAUUGCAGAGUUCGACAAUCUUCAGGAUCUCCACAGCUCCGGCUACUACACCUUCCUGUCCACCAACCGAGCAUUUGGCUACUACCUGGACUGCUUCUGCACCUUGUACAUAGUGAUAAUUAUACUCAACUACUUCAUAAAUCCACCCGAAAACUCUGGAGAAGUGGGAUUAGCCAUUACUCAGGCCAUGGGUAUGACUGGCAUGGUUCAGUGGGGCAUGCGACAAUCGGCUGAACUGGAGAACACCAUGACAGCUGUGGAACGUGUCGUGGAAUAUGACGAGAUCGAACCAGAGGGCGAUUAUGAAUCACAGCCAAGCAAAAAACCUCCUCCCACGUGGCCGGAGCAGGGUCAAAUCGUAGCUGACGAUCUGAGUCUUCGUUACUUCCCCGAUCCGCAGUCCAAGUAUGUGCUGAAGUCCCUCAACUUCGAGAUCAAACCCAUGGAAAAAGUAGGAAUUGUAGGUCGCACAGGUGCAGGCAAGUCCUCACUCAUCAACGCCCUCUUCCGCCUGUCCUACAACGAUGGCUCCAUCAUCAUCGACAAUCGCAACACGAACGAACUGGGUCUGCACGAUUUGCGCAGCAAGAUCUCCAUCAUACCUCAAGAACCAGUCCUCUUCUCGGGUAGCAUGCGUUACAACUUGGAUCCAUUUGAGGAGUACAGCGACGCCAAGUUAUGGGAAGCACUGGAGGAAGUCAAACUGAAGCCUGUCAUCAGCGAGCUACCUAGUGGUCUUCAAAGCAAGAUUUCAGAGGGUGGCACCAACUUCAGUGUGGGGCAGCGGCAAUUAGUGUGCUUAGCACGCGCUAUUCUUCGCGAGAAUCGUAUUCUAGUAAUGGAUGAGGCUACAGCCAAUGUUGAUCCACAGACAGAUGCGCUCAUCCAAGCGACAAUAAGAAACAAGUUCAAGGAAUGCACAGUGCUGACUAUAGCACACAGGCUGAACACGAUUAUGGACUCGGACAAGGUGAUAGUCAUGGAUGCAGGUCAGAUGGUCGAGUUUGGUUCACCAUUCGAACUCCUGACAGAAUGUGAGACGAAGAUCUUUCACAACAUGGCCAUGGAGACGGGUCAGAGUAGUUUUGACAGGCUGUUAAAGGUUGCGGAGAAGGCCCAUUUGGAAUCACAAAAGCAGAAAACUGCGUAAAACCAAUGAAUAUUCUCUUAAAUAUUCUCAGUGGCUAGCUUUAAGCGAAUCCCUCAUAGAAAUUUUACUGCUUCUAAUUUGAUUUUGUAUAUGUUACUUAAAGUAUUAUUUCUACAAACUUUAAUAAUAUAUUGAAACUAAAAGUUAAUAAAAU